CCCGACGUCACUUUGGGUGUCAAUUAUGACUGUGACUGGCAGUGACUCAAAGUAGACUCGAAAAAAUCUGUCAAUUCCUUAUUUUCUCAAUUCCCGUAAGCUACUCCAUUCCACUUUUCAUCAGAAUUGAUCCAUUUAUUCGUGAAUCCCGUGUUGUCCAUCAUCUAUCAAAUUUGGUUUUGGAUAGCGAUAGCCACACUCAUACCAAAAGCGCGCUAAAUUUACUGGCUUCUCACCGCGUUGCGUUGCAAAGCGACAACACCAACGCGCCAAACGAAAAAGAUGAUCUCAUUCUGAUGGACGGCGAGUUGAUCACAACUUCUUGACCAACUAAUCGGACCCUAAGUAAUCAACCAUCAUAAGCCAAAAUGGACCGUUUUUUGCAUACGGUAUUUUGUCUCUCUGGGCAUCAGGUGCUACAUGUGCUAACAAACAUCAAACAGAUCACUUCGCAUGCUAUGAACUAUGCCAUUCGGUAUGUGCUCGUAUAUACUUUACCUGGGUUUUGGGGCGAUGCUGACUAGUUCAAGAUCUGGAAUCGGUCUUACGGCGGGCUUUGCUAUCAACCAAACCACCAGACUUCUCAAGGUAUGAGAUAAUUACAAAUUCGGUUGACCACGGACUAACUGUACAUAAGACAGUUGAGGACCGCGAUGAUAGAAAAGAGUUGCAUAGUCUACAGUUACGUCUUGAUAGCAAAAUCAAAGUAAGAUUCUUUGCAGCCCAACGCCCAAGUCACAUGAUUAUUUAGGUCAAAUUUGCCAUUUGAAAGAAUGGGUUUACGAAUUGUGAAUUCUGCUGACUAAGAUCAUCAGAUCAUCUCCCCUGCUAUUGAUAUGAUAGAGUUGAUGUAAGUUUCGCUCUUACUGCUCAAAUCCCAUCUCUAACCACAUUACCAGCUCCGCUAGAGGCAACACCACUUUAGAGUCUGCUGUCACUUUGACAAAAGCUCUACGUUGGGAUAUACAACAACUUGGUACAAGAUUAGAAAAAGCUGCUGCCGCCGAGGAAUUAUCACGAAAGAAGAGUACUCGGGCGAAGACAAAGGCAUUACAUGAUGCUGAAAUUCGAAAUAUCGUCAAGGAUAUCCGAGCUCUCCUCGCGCGAAUCGAAGAUGCAGUACCACUCAUCAAUCUCGCAAUUUCGACUUCCGGUGCGAGUCUGUCGGCUACUCUCCCUAACACUGUCUCGCCAUCAAGACUCAUGCAGGCAAGUACAUUGUUAACCCACGGUGACUGGCAAUAUUCUACAAACCCAACCAAGGCAACCCAAAUCGGGCCAACCUUGAUUUUGACCCUAUAUAUGCUCUUUGCAGGCCAUGCUCCUACUGAUCAGGGACAAGAUCCUAAGGAGAUGGGCCCAAAGGCCAAUACCCGAAAUGGACACGAUGAGAAAAAUAUGAAAUGGAAGGAGGUCAUUCACAAAGCACACAUAAGACUUUUGCGUAUACCUUUGACUUCUGCGUCGCCACUGUUGACCUCCACCUUUCGAGAAGGUAGAGGACCAUCGACAGUAUCAGACCAAGAUAGGGCAAGUGAUUAUGCAUAUCGGAUUCAAAUUAUCGAGGACUUGGACGAUGAUAGAGUGCACAACUUUGAUGAUGAUGAACUUCAACCGGGACCAUACGAGGGCAUUGCUUUAGCUGGUAUUCGAGAAGUCAUUCCAAUACACCAGAUCUCGAAAAUCUUUUAUGCCGACACGGGGAAGAUUCUUAAUAUUGGUAAUCCUGGUGAAACAAACAGCCCAGUCUUGUUAUUGAAACGAGACACAAACGCACCUUUGCCAAAUCGAAUGAUGGACCACGAUGAGAGUGCACUUGACUUAUAUGGGGAUCCAGAAGAGCUGGUCGUCCCAGGUGGUGUGGAUGAUGAAGGAAACGAUUCGCAAGAUGAUAUUGAUAAGCAAAUCAAGCGGGAGAGCCUAGCCGUGGGACAAAAUUACGGACAUCAAGAGGAUAGUCAUACAUGGCGUUUCCCACCAGACUUGGAUCCAGAAUGGUUUGCUUUGGAAGUCUAUACCGAGGCUGAUGACUUCUCUGAAGACGAGGAUGAACUCGAAUCUGUAGCAGAUUCCUCUCCAUUGGCGUCCAAGGCUCAGUCCCCCAAUGAGAAAAUCUUGACUGGCAGUCUGGGGAAAUUCAGUCUAUCUCCAGUUCCAAAUAAAAACAACAAAGUCGCACCAACACCAAAACGUCCAGAAUACUCGCCAACCCCAUCUCCAUUCACAGGAAAGUUUGCCGACCGCAAUGCGUCGAGAGGGGAUGCACCUAACUCAGGCGUACCAACAACCAGCACACCAUUCGGCCAAAUCCGCUCUUCUCUCUCACUCCUAGAAAUGCUCAUUCGUCUAACUGCCCUCCAACAAUUCCAACAAGUCUCCCACCUCACAAUCCCCGAUCAACUCCUCGUAUUCUUCCUCUCCGAGUCCUCAUCCACAGGCGGUUCCGACUCGGAUCACCGCCGUCAAACCCGCUACGAAGCCCGUCGAAAAGUAGGAUUCGACCCUUACGACGAAAGCCCCGUCAAACUCCACGGAGAAGAAUACCAGCACCAACAACAAACAAGCUACCCCUCCCCCAGCCUAGGACGCAUGCGAUUUGGCGACUUUGACGAGCAUCGAUCAACACCGUUCGAAGAGGGCGAUGUGAAAUCCUAUUCGCGGACUAGUACGCCUACUUGGCUGCCUCCAACCAUGGAUGGACAGAGACGUGAUACCUCUGGUCCUUGGCUGCAACGAAGUAGUAACUUCCCCACACCCCUUCCAAGCGUGGAUCCUUCGGGGUCUGUGAGCCCUUAUCGCCCGUCUAGGAAGAGUAGGAGGCCGUUGCAGAGGGUCAGAGGGGAGGCGAUGGGGGGAAAGGGGAGUCCGCUUGGACGGGGGUUGAGUGUCGAGACGGAUUCGACGUUGGGGACUAGUCCGGGGACACCUCCUAUCGUUGGGAAGGCAGAGCAGGAGAUUUGA